AUGAAGUUCGCACAGCAAAAGAUACGGCAUUCGUUCUGCAUUGGAAAGGCAGCAAGGAAGGCAGCAUUCGAAAGGGACACAAGGUGGUCGCGUCGCUAG